UGACCGCGGAAGACGAUGCGCUCGUUCAUGGCAUACCCGGCCGUCGCACUGCUGGUGCUGUUGGCAAUGACUAAGACAGGCUUGUGCAGCAACGUGGUGCCUUGUCCUGCACACUGCUCGGCCAGCGUCACUAUAUUUAUGCAAAACGGGUCUUUCAUUUCGAUGGACGGAGGCAAGGCGGUUGAGCUGAAUCGCGUCAGGAACGAGAUCAGUAAGGUUCCCUGGGAAAAGCUCGUGGUAAUAACAAUAGCCAACACUAAGGUGGAGGUGCCCGCAUCUCUGCAGAUGAUGAUAAGAGUCAUGGUGAAAAAGUACCCGGAUUUGGUGCCGUUCUUGAUAAAGAUUCUUCUGGGCGAAGCGAAGAACCAGAAAAAGAAAACGGAAUCCCGAGGGCCCCAUAACUACGUCAAGCCCACAGCGACGCCAAAGGGCACUAAGAGGACUACCCCGAAGCCUACCACCAAGAAAGUGGUGAAAACAACGAAGAUUACAAAGAAGACCACCCCGAAACCAAAGACCAAACCAACAAAACGGACCAUCGCGACGAAGCAGACCAAAAAGACUACUCCGAAGCCUACCACUAAGAAAGUGUUGAAAACAACGAAGAUUACAAAGAAGACCACCCCGAAACCAACGACCAAACGAACAAAACGGACCGUCACGACGAAGCACACCAAAAGGACUACUCCGAAGCCUACCACUAAGAAAGUGUUGAAAACAACGAAGAUUACCAAGAAGACCACCCCGAAGCCAACGACCAAACGAACAAAACGCACCACGACUAGGAAGCUGCUCAAAAGGACUACACCGAAGCCUACCACCAAGAAAACGACGAUGAAAACGAGGGCCACAACUAAGAGGACAAUCGCACAGACCACAACGAUAAAGCCUGCCACGGUCAGCACUGCCCCGGCUACAAGCAUGCCCAACCCAACCGACCCUAAGAAUACAAUCGAAGCUGGAAGCGGCGUCGACCCCAAGGUUCUCAUAAUGCUCGGAUACAUGCUCAGCCAGCCCAACUACUUCGCCGUCAUUUACCGCAUGCUUCUGCAGCUCGGAAUAACCUUUCCCAGCCUCACUGCUCCGAUCACUCAGGUCAUGUACGGAACGCACGUUAUAAUGCUUCCGAGGCAAUUUGUGGUGAACUACGCUUACACUAUCAACAAUAGGCACUUCAACUUACCGAGAGACUCACAGAAGCUCGCCGUUUACCUAUCCCAGCACAUGGAUCAGUUCAGCAUAGUAGCGACGUUUCUUACACAACUUGGAGCCUCAUUCCCCGUCGACGGUACGGGAAGGAUUACUGGCUUCAGUAUGUUCAGUGUCAUGUACCGCUUUCCGCGCGCCAUAACCACGACCAUUUUAAUUGGUAGCAGGAGGUUUGAUUUGCCGAAGGAUAUCAGCUUGCUCCUCAUCGCUGUCAAGCACAAUCCGACGAAGUUCUUCGAACUCCAAAUGGUGCUAGAAGCUUUUGGCGUGAAAUUCUUCAAAACCGGACCGGGCGUCUCCCAGGCGGUAUACACUGAUAAAAAAUACGACGUGUACACAGGGCGCGGUGUAAGCAUUACUAUCGAAAAUACGCAAUAUGACAUUCCGGCGGACCUCGAGAAGAUAUUUCAGAAACCAAAGGGCUUCAGCGUGGGCUCGCUGCUCGCGGCUUUGCAGGAAAAGGGCAUCCCGAUUAAUGUGGACGAAAAAACGGGUGUCAUCCUCGGCAUCACCAUCGACAAAGUGAAAAUUCCGUUCCCGGUUUCCAUCGACCUGCGCUUUAAGCUGGACAACCAAAUUUAUUUAAUACCGCGCGACCUCGCCAAGCUGGUCACCGUACUCGAAAUGAAAGGCAUGCCCAGCAAGAUCCUGUCCAUUUUGUACACCCGCUAUGGAGUUCUUCCAGUGCGAGAUUCGAACGAUAUCGUCGUCGCCGUCUCCUUCAACGGCAAACAGUUCAAGGUCAAGUCGGAGCCACUCACCGCCGUGGUGAUUCUGGGUCAGAAGUUCAUGCUGCCGAGGGACACGAGAAAAAUGGUCGAGUUCGUGCAUUCCAAGCAGAGCGAUAAGACAAUCGGUGUCACCUUCUUGAAGGCGCUGAAGGCGGCCGGCUUCAUGCUUAUCAACGACGACGACGGUGCGAUGCGCUCGAUCCAGAAGGGGGCGCAGAUAAUCAAGCUCGGUAUAGAGAUAAGAAUAGUGGUGGUGUAUGACAAUACCCCUUACCACGUGCCGAAGGAUCUGAUGCGACUCGUGAAAGAGGUCCGCAGCCUUGGGAAAGAGGGAAUUAAUAAAGUCAUAGAACAACUCAAAGCUUUCGACGUGCAAGUAAAGAAGGUGGGCAGCAAGCUUACUAUACUGUUCAACAGCGUCCGAUACGAGGUAGACCUCAAGUCCGGUAACGUCAAGGGAUAGCAGUUCCAAGAAACG